GAAGAUGGAGGAGGGGUAUUAUGUACAAUUGCCGGAUGAGGAGCCACAUCAUCACCAUCAUCAAGAUCCCAUCCCUGCAUCUCUUCUCAUUUCUCUAUAUGUUGGCCACUUCUUAGCCAGAUGGGGUGCCAGGAUGUGGGAGUUUUCGGUCGGGUUGUAUAUGAUCAAUGUUUGGCCGAACUCUUUGCUUAUGGCUGCAGCUUACGGGGUGGUCGAGUCAGCGUCUACCACCUUAUUUGGUCCACUCGUAGGCCAAUGGAUCGAUAACUCGACAUACCCAAAGGUUCUUCGGAUUUGGCUGUUGACUCAAAACUUGUCGUUUAUCGUGGCCGGAAUUACGGUGGUCGGACUUUUAAUCUCUCCGGACUUGCGGAUAACCAACGUUACUGCGUUUUCUUUGCUCGUUGUUCUGAUCAAUCUCUCCGGAGCUGUUGCUGUUCUUUCAACUCUUGCCGGAACCAUCUUGAUCGAAAGAGAAUGGGUGGUGGUGAUAUCAGAAGGGCAUUCUUCAGACUUACUAACAAAGAUGAAUUCUAGAAUUCGGAGAAUCGAUCUAAUAAGCAAAUUAUUCGCGCCUGUUGUAUCGGGAUUCAUCAUCAGUUUCGUGUCGUUAAUCGCUUCGGCUGCCAGUUUAGCAAUCUGGAACGUACUCUCGAUUUUCUUGCAAUAUUGGCUCCUAAACUCCGUGUACAAAGGGAUCCCGGCUCUAUUGGAAAGAAACCGAAAACGGGGCCUAAAAUGCAUGGUGCUAAAUGAUCAAGAACAAGCCCCUUCUACUUCUCGGGAUCAAUCUAGACAAAAUCAGAACGCAGAUGAUCGUUCUGAAGACGUUUCUUUGGGUAACCGGAUGGUCGAGAAAUUCGUCAAACGGGUGUCUGACAAUUCGUUUAUUCGUGCUUGGCAAGUGUACUUUCGACAAGAUGUCGUUCUGCCUGGACUAGCUCUAGCUUUGCUCUAUUUUACGGUCCUCAGUUUUGGGACUUUGAUGACGGCGACAUUGGAAUGGGACGGGAUACCUGCAUAUGUAAUUGGAACGGGCAGAGGAAUAAGCGCGAUAGUUGGUAUCUCGGCUACGUUUUUGUACCCUUUUAUGGAGACUCGAAUAUCGACUCUUAGAACAGGACUUUGGUCGAUCUGGUCACAGUGGGCGUGCCUGUUGGUUUGCGUUGGCUCGAUAUGGGUUAAAAACAACACCACCUCGGCAUACGUAUUGAUGGCGGGAGUAGCGGCAUCGCGUUUGGGGCUCUGGGUGUUUGAUCUAUCGGUCAUUCAACAAAUGCAGGAUCAAGUUUCGGAAUCCGAUCGAGCUGUCGUCGGAGGCGUUCAAAACUCGAUCCAGUCUUUUUGGGACUUGAUGACAUACAUCAUGGGGUUGAUUAUCUCCAAUCCUCAGGAUUUUUGGAAGUUGAUCAUGGUGUCGUUUGGAUUGGCAACGAUAGCAGCGAUUAUGUAUAGUGUUCAUAUGUAUCGAGUUCGGAAACACCUCUUUCACUUCGAGAAGUUGUUCGUGUUGUUUCGUCGACCUAUAUAAUUGUAUAUAUAGAUUUUUUUUUACCUUGUGACGGAAAAAACUCAGACUUAGAAUCAUGAGAAUCAGUAUAUCAACUCAAUCCAUGUU